CAAGGACAGGAACAGCUGCUUUUGUUUAUACCGUUGUUAAACAUGGCGUCGUCGAAUAGGGAUAAAAGAAGGGGCGAAUUAAAGAAGAAAAUGUUAGACGAUGGGACUCUUAGUAAAACAGAAACUAGUACAGUUCUGUCUACAGGCUGCUCAAGUCCCGAGUUUUCAUUACCAGAAUCUGUAAAGAUUACAUCAAAAGUACCUACACCUGAACCAGUUUAUGAUGAACCUGUUCUUUCCGAAUUAAUAAUAAAAUCUUAUAUUGGAGAAAAAUCUAAAGGUCUUUUUGAAGGGGAAGGUGAGGCAUAUUUUCACAGUGGACAUUAUUAUCAGGGUAUGUUUUCACAAGGCCAAAUGCAUGGCAGAGGUACUUAUGUGUGGAAUGAUGGAGUUAGAUAUGAGGGAGAUUUUUCUGAGAACCAAAUCACAGGUAAAGGAGUCUACACUUGGCAAGAUGGAAGUACAUAUGAUGGUGAUGUUUAUAAUGGAAAACGACAUGGAUUUGGAAUCUUCACAUUUGCUAACAGUCCUCUUUCAUACACUGGAGACUGGGUUAUGGGGAAAAGACAUGGAAAAGGCAGGAUGGAUUUUGACGAGGAAGGUAUAUCUUACUAUGAUGGUGACUGGGAAAAUGGGAUCAAACAUGGCUGGGGCAUCCGUCAGUAUCCCUCUGGCAAUGUCUACAGUGGCAUGUGGUUCAACAAUGUCAGGCAUGGGGAAGGUACCAUGAAGUGGUUGGACAGAGACCAGUGGUAUACUGGUCAGUGGGAGAAUGGUAUUCAGCAUGGCAUAGGUCAACAUGUUUGGCUACUAAAACGCAUCCAUCAUUCCCAAUAUCCUCUCCGUAACAUGUAUGAUGGUGAUUUUGUGAAUGGACUGCGCCAUGGCUAUGGAGUAUUUUAUUACGCAAACGGAGCUAAAUAUGAUGGACACUGGAAAGACAAUAUGAAGCAUGGGAAGGGUAAGUUCACAUUCAAGAAUGGCAGAAUUUAUGAAGGUGUGUUUGAAAAAGAUCACAUCAUUGAAUAUCCUGACUUUACAAUUGAUGGAAUGACUUCACCUGACUUAAGUCAGAUUAGAACCAGGACUCCACUUCCUACAGAUAAUGUCUCAGUCCACUCCAAUGAGAGCAGAAACACCACAGGGCCAUCCUUCCAGUUAGAGAUUCCAACCCUACUGGACACCAUCUCACCUGGAGACACAGACCACGAAGCCAAUCAGGUACUUUACGCCAUCACCCGUCAUGUGACUGCACUGCGACGUAUCUACAACUUCUACAGCAUGCUGGGCUAUGAGGAGAGUGUGGACAACACUUUUAUCAUGAACAAGAUGCAGUUCUGGAGGUUUCUCAAAGACAUUGGCCUGCACCAUGACAAGUUUUCUCUCACUGAUAUGGACAGGGUUAUUGGUGAAAGCUACAGCAAGUCCAAAUUUGACCUUCACAAUCCUUAUGAGAAAAUUCUACAGCGCCAGUUUAUCAACUAUUUGGUCAUCUUAGCACACCUGGUUUAUAAGAAGGAAUAUUAUAAAAAAAUGAUGAAUGGGCCACUGUUGGAGCAUUGUUUUUCUCGGUUGAUGACUGAAAGAAUUCUUCGUUAUGCCUGUUUGGUUAAAGGUCCACUGUAUAAAGAGAUUAGAAGGGCAACCAAUGCACUGGUGCAUAUGGAUCAAGCUUAUGAGAUUUAUCAGGCCAUUUGUACUCCAGCCAAGAAACCUCCUAAAGAAAAUGUUCUAAAAAUGAGAUCAUUUCUGUUCUUCCUGAAGGAGAUUGGGCUUGUCAAUGAAGACCUGACAGCCAAGAAAGUCAUUGAAAUUCUCGGUGCUGACAAUCCCAGGGUCUGUGAUGGUGAGGGCUGUUUUAACCUGGAGUUAGAGAUGACUUUCCUUGAGUUUUUGGAAGCUCUGAUCUCUUGUGCAGAAGUUUUUGUGACUGAGAAGGUCGUCCAUGACCCGACGACCCCGCGCUACUCUGUUGGGACCAGUCAUGAAUCAAACGUGUACUCUGUCCCUGCGUCAGGCACUCACAUUUCUGGGUCACGCGUCUCAACUAGGAUACAUAGCCAGAGCAACCAUGAAGAGAAAGAAGCUGAGCCACAGACCCAGGCUACCACCCCCAUACAGCCCUCCGCCACCCACAGUACCACCCAGUCUGUCACUAUGUAUACACCCACCGCACCCACCAGUAAGACAGAAACUGGCUCAAGGAAAAAUGGGAGCUUUGUAGAACCAAGUUCAAUUAACCUCAGUGGUAAUCAACGGCGCAGCAGUUUAAAGACAGGUGAGGAGACGAACCGAAUCUCUGACAGCAGCAGGUGUGUGUCCGUGGCACCUCAGGUGAAAUCUGUGGAGGAGAUGGCAGCGGAGAUGGAGGGGCAUACUGGUGAAACUGCUGGAACUUCAGAUAACGAAGCUGCCGUCGACGAGAUGCACGAUGAGGAAGAAGGCGACGAAGAUGACGAGCUAUCCGACCUUGACCCUGAGACCAAGGCCUUCAACUUCUGGACCCACCAGAUCCACAUCUUCUUCGUGCGGAAAUUUUUCCCCCACGCCGAACGCUAUCUCAGCGUGCUGAAAGCCGAGCGCAUCCGGCGCCUGAACGAGUCCAAACGGAGAUCUUCCGUACUUUCCCGAGACGCGGCGGAACUUGCCGGACUCCGCUUCGAACCCUGCAUCCUUGAGGAAUCCCAGUUUUAGUUUUGUUUACAGUUGAUACAAAUCUAGAUCUAUAUAAUUAGUCAAGUGCUCCUUAUAGCGCGUAUACAUUGCACAAAUAUGUUGCUAUUUUAAAAUUUUAUAUUAAUUUAAAUAUGUUGAUUUUAAAGUUUUCAUUAGAUUAAUCAAUUAUUCAUUGUA